CCGCGCUCGGGAGCGAGGAGCCGCCAGCGCCCCCGCCCCGCCGCCGCCGCAGCGCCUCGGCCGCCAUUCGGCACCGAAACUUUCCAGCGCCCGCGCCUCUCGGGACUCGGCGGCGGCGGGCGGGGGCGGCCCGGGGGCGGCGCGCGGCUGCUCCGGGGCGCCGGGCCCUCCUCGGCCGCGGCUCGGCCCGGCUCGGCGACGGCCGGCCGGAGGGAGGCUCGGGCGCGGCGGCGCCCCACAAGUUGCCCUGCCUGCGGCGAGGUAACUGAAGACAGAAAACAGGCGUAAACGCGCACCCUGGAAGGAAGGAGGGAUUGGCCCGCGUUUGGCUCUGACAGGCAGACGCUUUGCGGUUUCUAUGCUCGGAUGCUGGGGUGCCCGCUGGUCCGACGGUCUACACAUGAAGUCCCCGUAAAGAGGGUGACCCCCGCUUCCUAAAGACCUCGUCGCCGCGCGGGGAGGCUAAGAUGAGCAUAACGAGUGACGAGGUGAACUUCCUGGUGUAUCGGUACCUCCAGGAGUCAGGCUUUUCCCACUCGGCGUUCACGUUCGGCAUCGAGAGCCACAUCAGCCAGUCCAACAUCAACGGGACGCUCGUGCCGCCCGCCGCGCUCAUCUCCAUCCUGCAGAAGGGGCUGCAGUAUGUGGAGGCCGAGAUCAGCAUCAACGAGGAUGGCACGGUGUUUGACGGCCGUCCCAUAGAGUCCCUGUCCCUGAUCGACGCUGUGAUGCCCGACGUGGUGCAGACGCGGCAGCAGGCCUUCCGGGAGAAGCUCGCUCAGCAGCAGGCCAGCGCGGCGGCGGCGGCAGCAGCGGCGGCGGCGGCGGCAGCUACCACAGCCACGGCCGCCACAGCGGCGCCGGCCAGUGUUUCCCAGCCCAACCCACCAAAGAAUGGAGACGCCACAGUGAACGGGGAAGAGAACGGAGCACUCGCAAUAAAUAAUCAUUCCAAACCGAUGGAAAUAGACGGGGACGUCGAGAUCCCCCCCAGCAAAGCCACGGUCCUGCGGGGCCACGAGUCGGAGGUGUUCAUCUGCGCCUGGAACCCCGUCAGCGACCUGCUCGCUUCCGGAUCCGGAGAUUCGACGGCACGGAUAUGGAACCUGAACGAAAACAGCAACGGGGCGUCCACGCAGCUGGUGCUGAGGCACUGUAUCCGGGAAGGGGGCCAUGACGUCCCCAGCAACAAAGACGUGACCUCGCUGGACUGGAACAGCGACGGGACACUGUUGGCCACGGGUUCCUACGACGGCUUCGCAAGAAUCUGGACGGAAGAUGGUAACCUGGCCAGCACCUUAGGCCAACACAAAGGGCCCAUCUUUGCCUUGAAGUGGAACAAGAAGGGGAAUUACAUUUUGAGCGCUGGUGUGGACAAAACAACCAUCAUUUGGGACGCCCACACAGGAGAAGCCAAACAGCAGUUUCCGUUCCAUUCGGCCCCCGCGCUCGACGUGGACUGGCAGAACAACACUACCUUCGCCUCCUGCAGCACGGACAUGUGCAUCCAUGUCUGCAGGCUCAGCUGCGACCGCCCCGUGAAAACCUUCCAAGGACACACAAACGAGGUCAAUGCCAUCAAGUGGGACCCUUCCGGAAUGUUGCUAGCGUCCUGUUCCGACGACAUGACGUUGAAGAUCUGGAGUAUGAAGCAGGACACGUGUGUUCAUGACCUUCAAGCGCACAGCAAAGAGAUAUACACCAUCAAGUGGAGUCCGACCGGGCCGGCCACCAGCAACCCCAACUCCAACAUCAUGCUGGCAAGCGCGUCGUUCGAUUCUACGGUCCGCCUGUGGGACGUGGAGCGCGGCGUGUGCAUCCACACGCUCACCAAGCACCAGGAGCCUGUCUACAGCGUCGCGUUCAGCCCCGACGGGAAGUACCUGGCCAGCGGCUCCUUCGACAAGUGCGUGCAUAUCUGGAACACACAGAGUGGAAGCCUGGUCCACAGCUACCGAGGCACCGGCGGCAUCUUCGAGGUGUGCUGGAACGCCCGAGGGGACAAAGUGGGCGCCAGCGCAUCUGACGGCUCUGUCUGUGUGUUGGAUCUGCGAAAGUAAACCGGCAACGUUGCGGAGCAAAGGAGAGAAUUCCGAUGGACCAGCAGUGAGCGUGGGGGGUGGCAGCAUCCUUCAGACUCGAUCCUGUCGGCUCCAGAACUGCGCGGCCGUGACGCGUGGGCGUGGACUUUGAAAUCAACUCACCCCUGGCCACGGGAGCCUCUGUUUUUCCGUAGUCCUCAUCACAACACACACACACACACACACACACACACACACACACAGCCCUACCCGAGGGGGAAGAGUGGGUUCCACCUGGGACGUUCAGCCGGACGAGCAUAAGCCACCUGCUGGAGGGGACGCGGUGUGGUUCCCACCCCGGCAGGCUCUGAUGGCUGAGACGGGAGGGGAAAGCAAGCUGUGCCAAAAAAGUCGAAGGAACGAGAAGCUGGGAUCGACGGAAGGGGGGUAGAAAAGCUCCCCUCCGCGGGCUGCGUUUUGCCCCUGAGAGCUCAGACGCUGUGGCCGCUCUUGCGAAGGACGUUUGAAGACCCGUCUGUACGGAUGAGACGCGCGACCUUGUAAUCCGCACACGCCCGUUUCCCGGAGCCGCCUUUGUCCGGGCGCUUUUCCGUCGGUUGGAAUCCUGGCGCCGGGGCCUUCCACCCACGAUGGGGCUGGUUUCGCGCGGUUCCCCUUCCCGGGCCUUGCCUCUCCCCUCCACCUUUUCCCUCCGUUCCGUGUGGUCUUGAUUUGCAGCCUCGGGGAUACAAUGACAAAAAUUUUCGCCGGACAGCGUUCUUGCCCCGCCCCCCGCCCCCUGCUCACCAUCCCUUUCUCAUCGUUGGUUCCGAUCUGAGGUCGCGGGGGCACUUCCAGCGCGUCGUAAGUGCUUUAGUAAAGGAAGAAGGCAGGGCAGGGGGACUUUUUACAGGAGAAAAAAAAAAUGACUUAUAAGAGAAAGAGCCCGGAGUAUUUUUGGAAAAAAAAAAUAUUUUUAUGUUAAAACAAUUUUAAAAUCCUGAAAUGGCCAUCAGACAGAGAGCUUCGUGCGGUUUCAUAUUUUAAAAAUAUUCUAGGAAGACAGGCAGAGUGUGAGGGAGUGAGUCCCGCUGCCUUCGGCUGCGUGGCCGUGCGGGGGGGCGGGCAGACCCGAGGGACGGCCGUGGAACAGUCUUCGGCGGGAGCGAUGAGCCCCCUCCCCCCGAAAUCUUGGCCGGAGGACAGGGUGGCAUCUCCCGGCAGGUCUGCCUUUGGGCCACAGGAAGGAAAAGAAGACAGCUGUACUCUGACCCUGAGGGGUACCCGCAAACCCAGUGAGGCUGAGGAAGCCAUCGAAACGGGCAGCUCGGCUCCGCAUCACAUCUUAGGGACAUCUCUCACGGGGACCGUCCUGGCAGAAGUGGCUGACGGCCCCGGGGCCUCACCUGGCCGGACAGUAACAGACACGCACGGGGAAGGAACAGCCUUCGAUCCUGAAGGUGAAGGGAAGGUAGAACGUCGCCGGUCACUUCCGCUGUCUCCAUCCGUUGUUUCUCUGCCAAGAGACGAGAUUUUCCUUUCCUUUUUUUUUUUUUUUUAACAAUUUUUUACUGUUUUUAAACAAUUAAACAUGGCUUUGUGUUCCUACGGGAGUUCCCUUUCAUUGGAUCAGGUGACCUUUGGUCGUAAGCCAGCACUGACCUGUUUUAGACAUUAGCCGUGGGAGGACCAUCGAGUUCCAUGUGCGGAGCAAAGGGCGGGAAGGGGCCGGGCCAGGUGCUGGCCGCACGCAGGGCGCAGACGCCGGUGUCCCGCUUCGAGACGGGACACCAUUCAGAGGGCGGCAUCCGUCCACGGAGCCGGAAACCCGCCGUCGGGGUGGGUGGGCGUGUCCGCCAGCCCCGGAGUGGGCCGGGGCCAGCUGCCGCGUCCCUGCCGCCCCCAUCGCUGUUCAGCCAUCGCUGGGCUCCCCGGCAUCCGCGGACGCCGCGAGCCCUUGCCAGAGAAGACCGAAACUCUGUUUGCAAGCCGGGUGUUUCGUUCGGGCUGUUACCUGGCUCUCGGUGAAGGUCCACGUUGGAUGCGCUCACGGCUUCCGCCUUGAAAGGCACCCUGCAGCCCGGCUGCGUCCAUCGCUUCCUGCCCCGCGAAGUCAUGGGUUUGGGACGCGGCUGGUGGAGGGACAGACGAACAGCAUCCUGACCGCUCCCCAAAAAGAAAUGUGCACAUCUGGGCAGGGGGCAUCUGCCCUCGAGGGUCCGCCUUUCGUCGGUGGUCAGGACUCGCGGGGGGCGGCUGGGACUGGACAAUCCUCACAGGAAGGCUGGGAGCCGGGGUCUCGCGGACGUGGGGCCUGGGGAGGCACCCGAGCCUGUUGGCGGUGCUGAGUUCGGAGCUGAGGGCCGGGAGCCCCUGGACCACCUGGGCUCAGUCUCGUGCACGGCAGGGAACCCGGCAGGGGUGGCAGAAGACUGUCCACCGGCCCUGCUUUGUAAUCACCGGGCCGUGGGAGAAGAGCCUACCGUGGCCCCCGGUGGGACCAAGGAUAAGAACGCAUCAGCGUUAGCCAGCAGGAGCCACCCUGUUCCGAGCCCAGUGACCGCCUGCGACGCUCACACGCCGGGGACACUUGUCUCCGCCAACUCGGCGCCCCUCUGUAACAACCGGUCCACGGGUACUGUGACUGCCCUUGUUUACAGCCCCUCAGCAGCGUGCGUGAGGCCGACGUGUCGGCGACCGCACGUCGGCGUGAUCCCAAGAGCGCGCGUCGUCACAGGCCGAGCCUCCUGGCGCCGUCGGCCGGGAGGGGUGCGGAGCGCGCCCUGCACGCAGAUGCCGCCCCGCGGAGCCAACCUCGCGGGGCCCCUGGGCCUGGACUCUCCUCCUGUCCUAGGUCGUGGAGCCGAGUGAAGUGCACUUUGUCACAUGGAAGGGUCUGCUUUGUUCUGGUUCCUUUCCUCUUUUUCAACCUGUCCCCCCCCAUUGUUUUUCUUUUUUUAAAUCGUGUUUCUUGUCCAAUGCAGAAAUGUUCCUCCCGCCACUCACCGAGGUUUUGGAUUCUGGCUUCUGCGGUUUUUAUUGUCUGUGUCAGACGUACCGGCCAGAUGUCCUUGUCCAUCAGCACCUCCCGACGCCGUGCCGUCCACGUUGGCCCCGUUCUGUUCCCUCCACCCCGCUCACCCUCACGCGCUCCGACAAAAAGAACCACCUCGUGUGUCGUAGCUCAUUUGUUUCGAAAGAGAAUCAACAGAUCAUAUUCAGUGUCUUGAAUAAAUUGCUCUAUUUUGAUAUUAGACAA